GGCGUUGCGCCGGCUGGUGAUACCCGAGCCAGUCAGGCCUGAGGCUGGGGCCCUUCGCUCUCCGCGUCUCCAGCUGUCUGCUCCCCGCGUCUUCGCUCUUGCAAUGCGCUGCACCCCGACUGCCAGCGCGGCCUUGGUGCUGUGCGCCGCCACCGCCGGGCUGCUGAGCGCGUGGGGCCACCCUGCGUCCCCCGACCCGCAGCGCCCCGCGUCCUGGGACGAGGUGAACGUGCUGGCACACGGGCUGCUGCAGCUCGGCCACGGGCUGCGCGAACAUGUAGAGCGCACUCGUGGGCAGCUGGGCGAGCUGGAGCGGCGGCUGGCCGAAUGCGGGGCCGCGUGCCGGGGAGUCGGGGCAUCCCCCUCGCCUUCCAGAGCCCUCGACAGCGCCGUCGCCGGCGACGAGGAGGCGCCCGAGACCCUCCGCGGCCUGCAGACCCAGCUCAGGGCUCAGAACAGUAGGAUCGAGCAGCUGUCCCUGAAGGUGGCCCAGCAGCAGCGACACCUGGAGAAACAGCACUUGAGAAUCAAAAAUCUGCAGAGCCAGGUUGAUCUCUUGACUCCCACACACGUCGGCAAUGGGGUGGUGGACCCUGCCCGAAGGAAGAGGCUCCUCAAGAUAACCCGGUUUCCUGACCCAGCUCCCAAUGCCACCCGCCUGCACAGGCUGCCCCGGGACUGCCAGGAGCUCUUCGAGGAGGGCGAGCGGCAGAGUGGACUGUUCGAGAUCCAGCCUGAGGGGUCCCCGCCCUUCCUGGUCACCUGCCAGAUGGCUUCAGAUGGAGGCUGGACGGUGAUUCAGAGGCGCCUGAACGGCUCGGUGGACUUCAAUAGGCCCUGGAAAGCCUACAAGGCGGGCUUCGGGGACCCCCGAGGCGAGUUCUGGUUGGGCCUGGAGAAGAUACAUCGCCUAGUGGGUGACCGCGGCGGCCGCCUGGCCGUCCAGCUGCUAGACUGGGAAGGCAACACCGAGUCGCUGCGCUUCCCGGCCCGCCUGGGGGGCGAGGACACGGCCUACAGCCUGCAGCUUGCGGCGCCCGUGGCCACCAAGCUGGGCGCCACCGUCGCCUCCGCUGCCUCGCCCGGCAGCCUCUCCCUGCCCUUCUCCACGUGGGACCAGGACCACGAUUUGCGCGGCGAUCUCAACUGUGCCAAGAUCCUCUCUGGUGGAUGGUGGUUUGGGACCUGCGGCCACUCCAAUCUCAAUGGCCAGUACUUCCACUCCAUGCCUAAGCAGCGGAGGCAGCGGAAGAAGGGAAUCUUCUGGAGGACGUGGCGGGGCCGCUACUACCCGCUGCGGGCCACCACAGUGCUGCUCCAGCCCGCAGAGCGCGCCGCGGCCGCCUAGCUCCUUGGCGGGUUCCUGAGGACAGUGACUUUGGCUGUGGCCCGAGGACGCGGCUGUGUUCCUCUGGAGCGCGGUCCCAGCAGGCUCAUCAGGCGCCCGGAGGUCAGAAAGGACUCAGGGGCACGAUCUGCAGGAGCGGGGCGCACGCCGCUUGCGCCCGAAGAUGGGGCGCAUAGCCAGAUGGUUGUGAGCACGGGCCGAGGGACCUGGAGGCCCCUUCUUGCUCGCCUGCGGAGUGGGGGUGCAGAGGGACCCGGGGCAUGGCCAGGCCGGCCGUCGACGGCGGACUCAGUCACAUUGACUGGCCAGGGAGGCCCUGGGGGCCCUGAGGUGCUGUCCCGUGUGGUGCGGGACCCCCAGCUGUGCCAAUCGCAGAGGCUGGGUGGAGCUCAGAGUUCUGGGAAUAAAAGCAACCUAGGAACGA